AUGCAGGUGGGUCGUCGUUGGUCGGAGGUCUUUAACAGAACAGUGAAUGAGAACAUGCUUAAAGAGGAAAGGUCUCCGAUGAAGAGUUCCUUUAUCUCUAUCGGUCCCUCAACACUGCGAUCACAACCACUCACCAUCAGGAACUACAGCUCCAGAGUACAGUCCAGACCUUUGUCAAUGCCUUCCAUACCCAAUCCCUUCCCAGAACUAUGUAGCCCAUCCCACUCACCAGUUCGGAUUGGUUCACUGGUAACAACACCCACUGAUGAAGACACCCAUGUGGUGAGAGUGUUUGGUGAGGGAACACACAGCCGUUCUGUUCUGGUGUCAUCUGGGGCAACAGCACGUGAUGUGUGUCAUAUUUUGGUGGAGUCGACCCACAGCAUGGAUGAGGAGAACUGGGCGCUGAUCGAGCAGCACCCAUCAUUAGGGCUAGAGCGCUGCUUGGAGGAUCAUGAAGUGGUGUCACAGGUGCAGUCCUCCUGGCCACAAGAUGGUGACACCAAACUGGUCUUCCGUAAAAACUACGCCAAAUAUGAAUUCUUCAAAAAGCCAGCGCAAUUUUUCCCAGAGAGCAUGAUCUCUGACAGCACUGAUGUAAAGUCAGGAAUGACCCCAUCACUGCUAGUCCAGAGUAUGCUGAAGUGUGGAUCAUGUCCAGAAAUUCAGGGAUAUCUGCAUGUACGGGAAGCAGGAAAGAAGUCCUGGAAGAAACUUUUUUUCAUUCUACGACGUUCAGGAUUCUACUGUUCCACCAAGGCCUCAUCUAAGGAACCUCGACACCUUCAGUGUGUAGCUGAUCUAGAGGAUAUCAGUUUGUACACAGUUAGCAACAGCCGGAAACUUUACAGCUCUCCCAAAGUGUACACUUUCUGCAUAAAGACUUGUAGAGGCAGGUUCGAGUCUCAGGAACUGAAGCUGUUGUGUGCAGAGAAUGAGCAAUAUAAAACCUGCUGGGUUACGGCCUUCAGACUGUUUAAGUAUGGAAAGCAGCUUCAGUGUAAUUACCUGUUGGCACAGGCUAAUCCCAACCUACAGAUCCCACCACGAAAGCGGGUGGACGGUGAUGAGUCAAUGGUAGCGAUGGACUUCUCAGGUAAAAGUGGUGGCCGGGUGAUCCUAAACCCCAGAGAGGCUCAGAAUGCAGAGCAAGAGGAGGGUUAUAACUGGAGGAAGAGAGAAGCACUGAGAUACAGUUUACAGAACAGCAGCCAGGGGUCACGACCUACCGCUGUGCACCAGGCUCAACCCUGGUUCCAUGGUGGUGUGUCCCGAACAGAAGCCCAGAAACUGUUGGAGGAGCAGGGUCAGGUGGAUGGAAUGUUUUUAAUUCGGGACAGUCAGCUGCACCCUCAGUGUUUUGUGUUGUCACUGUGCCAUCAACGAAAGACCAAACAUUACCUGCUUAUUCCUUGCGAGGAGGAUGGCCGGCAGUACUACACGAUGGAUGAUGGAGUCACACUAUUCAUCGACCUCCUUCAGCUGGUGGAGUUUCAUCAGAUUAACCGGGGUAUUCUCCCAGUCUGCCUCAAACACCCAUGCACUCGCAUCGUGCUCUGACCCCAAAAACUCUCUGCACCUUUUGUACACUCAGGUUACGACGGGUUAUAAACAGAAAACACUGUCUUAGCCAUUCAACAACAUUUAGCUUGGUAAUAAAUGCUUCGGUAGAGACAUCAUUCUCCAGGAACCAGUGCUUCAGCAGUUCAUACACGUCAUAGAACAGACAUGUUCCUGUUUCUGCUGUUCACUUUUCAGCCGCUAGGUGAUGCUGUAGUUAGCACUAAGACAGCUUUCAUGUUAAACUGAGAACGUUGGAGAGCUGUUUACCUGAACAUGUUAUAUGAAGAAUUUUGCACAAUGUUCAUGUUGAAUUAGUAGUUAUAAAUCAUGUAUAACUAUGUGGGUGACACAGUGGUGCAACAGGUAGUGUGCGUUCUGUUUUCGUGUGGAGUGUGGCACAUUCUUCACGUUCCUCUGGGUAUCCAAUUUUCUUUCACCUCAUAAAAACAGAACAAGGUUGAUUGGUUACUCUAGAGUGAGUGGAUGGGUGUGAGUGAGUGAGUGGGUGAAUAUUUAAGUGAGUGAGUGAGUGAUUAGAUGGGUGGUUAUUUAAUUAAGUGAGUGGAUAGUUGGAUGUUUGAGUGAGUGAAUGUAUGACUAAAUGGAUGGAUGUUUGGUUGAAUGGGUAACUGAGUGGAUGUGUUUGUAAAGGGGUGAGUAGCAAGUGAGCGAGCAGGUGAGUGAGUGAGCGAAUAAAAGAACGUGUAAGUGGGUGAGUGAAUGGGUAACUGAGUGGAUGUGUGGGUAAAGGGGUGAGUAGCGAGUGAGCAAACUGGUGAAUGAAUAAUAGAGUGGACAUGUAAGUGGGUGAGUGAAUGGAACUGUGUGACUAAGUGAAUAAGUACAUGUGUAAAUGAAAGGGUUAAAGUCUAAUGUCUGCCCAGGGUGUAUUCCUGUGGUGUGCCCACUGAUUAUGAAAUAUGCUUUGGACCCACCACAGUCAAAUGAAGUAGAUGCAGAUGAAUGAGUGAUGUGUAAUGAUGUGUUGUGUUUGUUGGCUUCUAUGACUUGUUUACAUUUAUCAGCGUUUAAUUUUUACACUUGUGUUUUAUUGUUUUACGGUUUCAAACUGCAGGCAGAUAUUUAAAUCGUUCUUUAU